AUGAUUAGUACUUUCUAUCCCGUUUCGAGUCACAGUCAAACGAUGAAUCGAAUUGUUUUCGCUGUCGGAUUCUUGGCUAUGGUGAUCAACUCGAUUUAUGGAUGUGCAGACACGAAUUCCAAUUGUGGAAAUUGGGUGAGGAACGGUUUCUGCUCUUCGUCUUUCUACACACCGGCACAAAAAGCGAGUUAUUGCGCUGGGUCUUGCAAUCUGUGCAAUGGAGCCGUCACAAGCAGCUCAUCUUGUGCGGACAGUAAUUCGAAUUGUGCAACAUGGGUAGCAAACGGCUUCUGCACCAGUACAGCCUACACGGCAGAUCAAAUUCUAGCUUACUGCUGUGGAAGUUGUCCAAAUGUUGCCACCACCGCUGGAAGCACAACGGGAUCUACCAGCGGAGGAACGGAUUCAACGACAGGUGGAACAACUGACUCUACUGUUGCCACCACUGGCACAACAACUGAUCCAGCUGGA